CCUUCUACUUUAGAAUAUUCGCGACAGACAUAUUUUAUAGCUAAACAGCAAACAACAGUAUCUGUUGAUAAUCCUAUUUAGCGACGAAUUCAGCUGUUUAGUUACCUAAUUUGUCUGUCGCUAAUUUUUGUUUUUAGUGUUUUUAAUUUUUUUUUUAAGUCGAUAAAUAUUUAUUUUUCUGUCUAGUAUCUAUAUUAAUUACUAAUUUUAGUUUAGUAUGCAUAAGAAAAUAACAUAUCUUUUAUAUUAUUCUAUUUGGUUCUUUAUAAAUAAUAAUUAAAUAAUGAUGUAGUCUUUUAUUUUGAGUAAUCAUAAUCACUGUCGUUCAUCCUUAUCCUCUCCACUCUUUUUCUCUCCCAACACCAAGCUCCAAACUUCAUUUCCAGCUUCUUCCAUUACACUGUACAUCAAUAGUCACUGUCUAAUAUUUAAUGUUUUCUUUGCUUCACAAAAAAAAAAAAUGAGAAUAAUCCUCAAUAUUAGUAUUUCAAACUAGAAGACUAUUACUACAACAAUCAAACUCAGAAAUAAUUUUACACUUAACAAUGAGUUUAUCAUCGGACCCAACAACUUUUUUCCAACCCAUGAUGAAUGAUUCUGUUGCUACAGCAAUUGGAAGACCCUUUAAACUGUCUGCACCUUUUGAUUCAUCAAUAACGUUAAUAAUUCUCGUCCUUCUCACUGCACUCUUUUUUAUGGGUUUUUUCUAUAUUUAUAUUCGUUACUUCACCGGCGAAACGUCUCCCUCCUCCCCCUCAGACGCUGAUGACCGCCGUAGGAUACGCUUAUCUCAACCGUCCUUGCACAGGUUGUCUUGCCGGAAAGGGAUGGACCCCGCGGCGGUGCGGUCGUUGCCGUUGGUUACUUACCGUGGAGCCGCGGAGCACCUGAUCGAGGACUGCCCGAUUUGUUUAGCUGAGUUUGAGGUGAAUGAACUUGUUAGACUCAUACCGUACUGUCGGCACGUGUUCCAUCAGCAGUGUCUUGACACGUGGCUUGCAUCGCACGUGACUUGUCCACUCUGUCGGUCCACGCAGUUUUUUAAGAAGGUGGAUGAGGUACGCUUGGAUGUGGUCGAGGUAGAAAGAUCGACGGUUCAGGAGUGUGACACGUGUAGGAAUAUUAGGAGAUCAUGUAGUUCUUCGAGCUUGGGGAAUAGAGUGGCAUUGCAUAGAAGUGCAAGUUUCUGAAAAGAGAAAAAUAGGAUAGAUUUGUGAAAAUUGGAAAGAUUUUGUUAUCUGUAAGUAUACUUUUGUACAGCACUCAAAUUGAGAUAUUAUUGUGAUCUAUAGUUGUUGUAAAGUAUAUGAAUUAGUGGACUUGCAAAUGGACGUCUAUGUUGUUUAAUAAAUUGGAAUGCAGGGUCAUUUUACAACCAGAGCUA